AUGGCAAGCAUUGCAUUUCCAGAGCUCGCCAAACAUCAUACUCUCUCAACUUCCCAUACUUACAACUAUGUCUACCACGCAGCAACUCCUUCACGAGCAACCAUCCUCUUCCUGCACGGGUUUCCGUCUUCCUGCUAUGACUGGCGUCACCAGAUCCACCACUUCAUCAAACUGGGGUAUGGAGUUCUAGCGCCAGAUCUACUGGGGUAUGGCGGCACCUCGAAACCAACCGCGGUGGAGGAGUACAAGCUCAAGAGUAUGGCAAGGGAGAUUAUCGAAUUACUGGACCACGAGGGUCUGAAACGGGUACAUGCUGUGGCGCACGAUACCGGAUGUAAUCUUCUCUCAAGACUGGCAGAUUAUUACCCCGACCGUCUGCUGUCAUGCACGUUUAUCGCUGUCCCCUACUCCAAGCCGGGAGAGCAUUUUGACUUGGACAUGGUAAACAGUUUUACGAAGCAGUUGUUGGGAUUCGAGCGGUGUGGGUAUCUUGAGUUUUUCGUUGAGGACGAGGCUGGCAGUACUUUGGAUCAACAUGCGGACUCGUUCUUCACGCUGUUCUACCCCGAAGACCCAGACUUGUGGGUUGACCAUGUUGGUCCCUUAGGCGCCACAAAGACAUGGCUUCACAAUGACAAGCAGGCGCCUUUGGCGUCCUAUGUCAGCGACGAGGAACGAGCUAUGCACAACAGAAUCUUGCAAGGCCACCACAAGCCAGCGCUCAACUGGUACCACGCCCUUGUCAAGAAUGCGAACAAGGAUGACGAGGUCGAAGCAAACAUCGAUUCGAAACUCAAGAUGCCAGUGCUCAUGAUCGGCCCACAACCGAACAAGCUUGAGAUACCUGGGUUCCUUGAACAGAUGAAGCACUCCGUCGAGGACUUGACCUUCAAGCGAGUCAGUACGAAAAGCCACUGGAUACAGUUGGAGGCGAGGGAAGAGCUGAAUGCUGUGCUCGAGGCAUUCUUUGCACGUCCUGAUUUUGCUGGUAAAGCGUGA